UCUCAUCAUGAUACAAUUUCUAUAAAUUUAAUUAUAUUUAUUACUAACAUUCAUAUAACCUUCAUAAAAAUCUACAUAUAUCUAUGUUUACGAUGCCAAACGAGUAGUGUUUGGUCAAAGUACUGAGUAAAACAAUUUUAUGAUUUGUAAAAUAAAAAAAGAUUUGAUUUUAUCAAUAUAUUUCAAAAAUAAUAAUUACGAUUAAAAACAAUAAAUGAAUGAUAUUUUUUUGUGUUAUUAUUGUACAGAUAUCGUUCAAAGUUAGUUUUCGCAGUUUUUCAAGAAAAUUUCAGAUUUCAACGAACAUUCCGAAAAUAUGGAUGUAGAAAAAGUCGCUGUAUUUGCCAGUAUAGGAUUUGCAAUAGCUAUUGCAAUAUUUGUUUUAUGGGGUCCAUCUCCUAAACCUAGAAAAAAAGGAAAAGUCAUUGGAAUCAAUAAUUUAGGAUAUACUUGUUUUUUAAAUUCUCUUUUACAAGCUUUAGCUGCAUGUCCAAUAUUUAUUGGAUGGUUAAAGAAACAGUAUGAUAAAAAUGGAAAAGUUAAUUUCAUUUCAACUCUACUGUCCGUUUUUGAAAAAAUCAAUGGAUAUGCAGAAGAUUUAUAUGGUGAUGUGACACCAAUUGAGAUCAUUUCGUCUCUUGGCAAUCAAUGGAAAUUUGCACCUGGACAUCAAGAUGUACAUGAAUUAUUUCAUAUAGUUCUUAAUGCACUACAAGCAGAAAUUCAAUCUGGAAGUAGGAAAGGUUGUUUGUCUGAUGCUUUACCACAAAGUCCAAUAAUGAUAACAGAUACAAAAAAAUUGGGUGAUCCUUUAACAUUUAGAAGUGUAUCUUGUAAUGAUAUUGUAUCAGUUAAUAAAAAUCCUAACAUUCCAAAUGGUUUUGAUAAAAAUUGCAACAAUCAUGUAAUAUCUUCAACGACAUCCAUAUCAAGUAUUCCUAUGGCAUAUAACAAGCCAGGUAUAAUCCUUGCUAGGUCUUCAGAAUUGCUUUCAAGAAAUGUUAAAUUUGAAGGAAAUAAGGAAUCUUUUAAACCAUGGAGUUCUUUAUGUGCUAUGUCAUUUUCUAAUACUACAAUAUCAGUAGAAGUCCAUCCAUUUUCAGGUUCAUUAACUAGUCAAUUACAAUGCAGCUGCUGUAAAUGGAAGUCUGCAGUUCAUUAUGACAAACUAGAAACAAUUUCUUUACCCUUGCCACCUUUGGGUACAUAUAUAAAAUCAUAUCAUACAGUGGAAGAAUUACUAACACGUUUUGUAACUAGUGAGAUUGUUCAAGAUGUAUUAUGCGAUGGAUGUGGAAUGCGUUGUUUAGCUACUAAAACUCUAACUCUAGGAAAACUUCCUAAAUGUUUAUGUUUACAUAUAUCAAGAACCACAUGGAGCUCUUCAGGAAUACCAAUUAAAAGAGAUGAUCCAGUAAAAUUUCCCGAAAUAUUAACUUUAGAUCCUUAUACUUUUACAGAAACUAAAAAGCGAAAUGCACAGGGUGAUCCCGAAGCAACAAUGUUACUUAGUCGAACAACUAUACAAGAUAAACAUAAAUAUCAAUUACGUGCAAUCGUAGAACAUCGUGGACCUGUUGAUUCUGGACAUUUUGUUUGCUAUCGACGAGGAAAUAAAAUGAAUCAAUGGCUGUAUACUUCAGAUAAUGUAGUUGAGAGUAUAUCCUUAAUUGAGGUUUUAUGUGCCACACCAUAUCUUCUCUUUUACGAGCGUAUUAAUAGCAUAUAAGAAUAGUUAAUAAUCAAUUUUAGUAAUUGCAGUAAAUUUAGAAAUAUGUGAUGACUAAAUAUAUUGAAAUAAUGUAAUUAUGAUGAAUGGAAUUUAAGAGACUGAAUGUGUUUUAAUAUUAACUUUCACGUUUUUAUCGUAAAGCAUUUGAAAUUAUUUCAAGCUAUUUAAAUGAACUAAGAAUAUUUAAAUUUCUGUACAUUAUGUAUUAGAUUUGAUUAGAAUCACUGUAUUAGAUUUUUCCUAAGAUGUUGAUAAGUAUCAUUGUUAUAUAAAUGAUACAUAAGAAACAAAAGUAAAAUGUUUUUAGCUUAAAAAAUAUGACGUUAUAGUUUUUAAAUUUAAUUAAAUAUUGCAAAAUUUUUAAUUGUAUAUUUUAAAUGUUAUAUAUGUUAGUAAUUUGCGUAGAAUAAAGUAUUCGAUAUUUAAGUGUAGCGAACCUGUAGGAUACCAUAUAUACUGAUUUUCGUACAUAUAAGCUGAGUCGCCAAAGACUAGAAACUAAAAUAGUUGUUUGUAGUAAAAAUGUACAAAAAAUGUAUAAAGAAAAAAAUAUUUACUUCAAA